GCGACACGCAGGCGGACAACGGCGGACGGUCUCAGUCUUGCCCAACGUUCGCGAGAGUUCAAACGUACACAGUAACCCGUGCUCACAGUCUCGAAAAUGGCAAGAAGUGGUGUCACCGCGUUGAGUCUGGUCUGCAUGCUGGCCCUUCUGGAAUUCGGGUCAUGCUUGAGGUGCUACCAGUGUGUCUCGGAGAACACAAGGGACUGCGCGGCAGCUACGCCCCCGAAAAAUUUAAUAGUGGACUGCGCCACGCAAGACUCCGUGAACUUCAACAGACUGUACUUAGGCGGUAUUCUGCCACGUGACAUCGACGAUGGCGUGCUCGGAGCAUCCCGAUUCUGCCACAAGAUUGUCAUGAAGAACGGCGCCGUCGCUAGGACGUGCCUCGUAGGAGACGCUCACAACCUGAACCUCAGCUGCACCCUCAUAGAGGGCGCUGCCCGCAUCUUCACCGACCCCGCCAAGCAGAUCCAGCACUGCAGCGCGUGCGACAAGGACGAGUGCAACUCCGCCGGCGCCGUCGCCGUCUCCCUCCCACUCGCUUUCCUCGGCCUAGUGCUGUCGUACUUUGUGUCCCAGCAAUAAUAAACAAAAUAGCAAACAAUGAUGGCUUCAGGUCCUAGCACCCUACGCUCACGCGCUCCUGCUGCAUUUGAGGGUGCCAAAAUUUCUGUGUGUCAGACUUAAAGACAUAUUAAAAGAUUACUAUUUGAUCUUAGAGUUACACCAAGAAAAGUCUCCAGCGAUUUUGAUAGCCCACGCAGUGUAAGUGUUAUUUAUACGUCAUAAUUUCAUAGAAGUUUGAGGUUUAAAAUGACACUUGCACUGCGAGGGCUAUUAAAAUCGCUGCAGAAUUUUCUCGGGCUGACUCUAGUACCUAUAGAUAGAAAUUUAAAAAUGAGAUGACCCUCUUAAAGAACGAAUGACAAUUUAUACGUAUUGUAGUUAUUACGUUUAUGUUCAUCUCAUCGUUGAUUCCUAAACAAGUGUCUUAUAAAAGUUAUAAAGUAGUAAGAAAUGCUCUAGUUGGCUUCACAUUUAUUUUUUUAUUUAAUUACACAACACAACACAAGUAAGAGCUUAAGAUAUAAAGUCUGAUACUACAGUAAAUAAAACAACAUUUACAUACAAGACUUAAAGUGAAAACAUAAGGCCUUUAGUAAAGGACUGUUCAAUAUCAUUGUUGUUUAUUUUGCAAUGUUAUACGUAGUUUUAAAAUCAUUUGUAGUUAUAGGAUAUAAGCAUUCAUAAGAAUUACUUAUGUAAAGCUUUAGAUAUAGGGAAAAUAUAUAAAUAUAUUACUUACGUGACAUCGUUACUGAAAGAUAUCGAUUGUUUGCUUAGUGUCUAUGUACCUGGUAUCUGUAACAAUAACAACCAAUUGAAUCUCAUACGUAUCACCACACCCACAAUAACUACGUGUAUCAUACCGGGUGUGGCCUGUAAUAUGAGCAAAAAAUUAAACCGUAAGCUGUACUCCUCAUACCGGCCAACAUUUGUUCAGCGGUUUUUAAAAAUAACUUGUGCUUUGAUUUUUAAUACACUUUAAAGUUUAUUCUAAGACGUAAUGUAUUGCAAAUUUUGUUAUGUUUAAGACAUGACAAGUAACGUCAGUCACAAUGAUAAUGGCGUGGCGAUGGCGUCCAUUGAAGAUAAUAUUUAUUUUGUAUGAAAAAUACGGAGUCUAAAUACUUAAUAGUUUUUAAAAGUUGUUGAACAAAUGUGUCACCGUUUGAGGAGUGCAAUCUAUGUUUUAAUUAUUUGCUCGUGUUACAGGCCACACCCGGUAUAAGUACCUAUUUUAAAAUUAAAUAUUACCUGUUAAAAGAGGUUUUAUUAAUUCAAUUUUAAAUAAUAUUGAGUAGAAUCCAAAACCAUUUUUGUAUCAGUAUUUAUUUCAAGUUUUAACAUGUAAUUACACAUUUUUGAAGCAUUUCUUAUGUUUUAGGCAUGGCCGUCCUUGUAAGUUUAUUUUAAUAAAAGUUAAAAAUUAA